GGCAAAUCGCACUUGCUGAACAGAUAUGUUAAUAACAAUUCUCAUGACACCGAAACUUUUCGCGAAGGUAAGAAACGUUUAACAAUGAGCAUAAAAAUGAUCAAAUGAUUUUUUAGAAAGUUCAUCGAUCUAAGUCCUAUAAGCCAUGUUCAUUUGUCCUUUCAGCGAACGUCCUUCUUAAAAGAGUACGUCUGGAUUAUGACAUGAUAGUAACACUUGUAAUGUGGGAUAUUUCUGUUUCGGACUUUUUCUUCGCGAAAGCAAGGGCUCUUGUUGUGUAUGACAUAACACAGAGACAUUCAUUUGAGAAAGCAAAGGAGUUGGUUGAUGAGUUCGCUCAACGGGCCAGGCCAGGUGCCUUUGUAGCUCUUGUGGGGAAUAAAGCGGAUCUUGAAAGUAGAAGGGAGGUGUCUUUUAAGGUAAGUAAUGUGGCCAUGUUUAUAUAAUGCUAGUGUGCUACAUGUGGUAAACAUGAAAUCACAUAGGUCAGAAGGUUUUUUUUAUGGUUUUUGUAGAGAAUGAUGCAAACCAUCUUUGAGAAAGAAUAG